UCUAACUUAUCGGAAAGACUCCAUUGGUGUAUUUAAACAACAUUACUGAAGGGUGUAGCUCGUAUUGCUGCUAAGCUAUCUUGCUGCAAUAAUAUUAACUUAACAUGGAGCCACAAUUUGCAAUCAAGAAAGAUGUCACUGAAUUAAUAGGAAACACUCCAUUGGUAUAUCUAAACAACAUCACUGAAGGGUGUGUAGCUCGUAUUGCUGCUAAGCUAGAAUACUUGCAAUCCUGCUGCAGUGUUAAAGAUAGGAUAGCAUUGAGUAUGAUUGAAGAUGCCGAGAAUAAAGGCCUCAUUACACCUGGAAAGACUGUUCUUGUUGAGCCAACAAGUGGUAACACCGGCAUAGGAUUGUCGUCAAUAGCAGCACUGAGAGGCUAUAAACUAUUAGUGACUAUGCCAUCUUAUGUGAGUCUCGAGAGAAAAAUUAUAUUGCGAGCUUUCGGAGCCGAGGUGUAUCUGACAGACCCAGCCAAAGGAGUUGAUGGAGUUUUAGAGAAAGCAGACGAGCUAUUAGCAAAGACGCCUAAUAGUUAUAUGCUCAAUCAAUUGGAAAAUCCUGCCAAUCCACAGGUUCAUUAUGAGACGACCGGUCCUGAAAUUUGGAGAGACUCUGGAGGGAAAAUUGAUGCUUUGGUUUCGGGGAUAGGAACCGGAGGAACAAUUACAGGUGUUGGGAAGUUCCUCAAGGAGAAAAACUCAGAGAUCAAGGUGUAUGGUGUAGAACCGUCUGAAAGUGCAGUUUUGAAUGGCGGAAAACCAGGCAAACAUCAAAUCCAAGGGAUCGGUUCUGGUAUUAUUGCCCCUGUCUUAGAAGUUGACCUCCUAGAUGAAGUUAUUCAGGUUUCAAGUGAAGAAGCUAUAGAAACUGCUAAGUUGCUUGCCUUGAAAGAGGGUUUACUGAUGGGAAUUUCAUCAGGAGCUGCAACAGCAGCUGCAAUAAAAUUAGGAAAGAGACCAGAAAAUGCGGGAAAGCUCAUUGUUGUGAUUUUUCCUAGUUUUGGAGAGCGUUACUUGUCUUCGCCACUUUUUGAAUCCAUCAGGCAUGAAGCUGAACAAAUGACACAUGACUGAAGUGCAUAAAUUGCUGAAAUAAGUGAUUCAUUCUCAUUCAAGCUCUUCUGGGCUCUGGCACAAGCUGUGGUCUAUAAUAUAUUGAACAAUGUUUUGAUUAAAAUUUUUAUUGAAUAACGUUUGGACAGACAGAUCAAUAAGUGUCUAUGCAGUAUAUGAAUUGGGGGUGUUUGUUUCUUGAAAUAAUAUUCUUGGGAAUAUAUGUGUAGGAAUA